AUGGCCGACGACACGACUUUCAAUUUCUGGAAUGAGGUUGACUUAACGGUCGCUUUUCAUCCAUCCUUUGGCAACAACAACGCUAACAACUGGUGGAGCCUUGACGUGGGCUUGAAGGCUGCGGAGAGAGUAGUCAACUUAUUCGAAGAAAAGUACAAGAACGACACUCUGGUGCAAGCAGCUUGGGCAUAUUUCGGUGACGGAGUGGGUUUGAACGUUCGAUCAACCAAGCAAAUUAUGAUCUCAUCAAUAUUGAACUAUUGA